AUGCAAGCAAAAUGCAAAUAUUGUGCUCGUAUAUAUAACUGCAAUGCUAAAAAGAAUGGCAUAUCUACUUUGAGGACUCACAUGAUCAAAUGCACUAAACACCCUCACUGUAUUAAAACCAAGCAAGCUCUUCUUUCUUUCCAACCCGUGUCAAAUGUUGGUCUUGUUGGUGGUUCUGAUAUGUUUAAUCUUACUGCUUGGAAAUUUGAUCAGGAUAUAGUUACGCGGGCUGUUGAAUAUAUGAUAGUAGUUGAUGAAUUGCCUUUUACAUUUGUUGAGAAGGAGGGGUUUAGGAAGUUAAUGAGUGUUACUUGUCCGAUGUUUAAUAUUCCUUCUAGAUUCACUGUGAACAAAGAUUGUUAUAGUAUGUUUGUUGAAGAGAAGAUGAAAUUGAAAAAGAUUUUCAAAAGCGAAAUCCCCUCAGAUUCACCGCCUGAAAAGACCCCUUCGGAGUUGGACUACGCGUCCGUGUAG